CUGCCACCUGCCGCCGGAGCUACAGUUGAAGGCCGAGCCAUGGGGCCAGCGCCGAGGGAGCCCAUGAAGCAGCGGGUGAACCGCUGCCUGCACCGCCUCUCCGACCGGGACACGGAGGCCAUGGCCGCCAACGAGCUGGACGCCAUCGCGCGCGGCCUGGACGCCGACGAGCUGCCCGUCUUCCUCGCCGCCGUCUCCGACACGCGGCCCACCGACAAGACCCCGCUCCGCCGGCACUCCCUCCGCCUCCUCGCCCUCCUCGUCGCCGCGCACCCGCGCGACGCCGUGGCGCCGCUGGUGCCGCGGCUCGUCGCCGCCGCGCUGCGCCGGGUGCGCGACCCGGACUCCUCCGUGCGCGCCGCGCUCGUCGACGCCGCGCGCGCCGCCGGGGCCGCCUCCCCCUCGGCGCCCGCCGCGCUGGGCCCGCUCGCCGACGCCGUGCUCCACGAGCAGGACCAGUGCGCGCAGCUCUCCGCCGCGCUCGCGGCCGCCGCCGCCGUCGAGGCCUCCGCCCCGACCUCCGACCUCGCCGCCUACCUCCUGCCGCUCCUCCCGCGCCUCCUCAAGCUCCUCCGCGGCGCCGCCUUUAAGGCCAAGCCGGCCCUCAUCUCCCUCAUCGGCGCCGCCUCGGCCGCCACCGACGCCGAGGCCGCCGCCACCGCCGUGCCGUGCCUCCGCGACGCGCUCGCCGGGGACGACUGGGCCGCGCGAAAAGCCGCCGCCGAGGCGCUCGCGCUGCUGGCCCUGGAGCACGGGGACGACCUCGCCGCACACAAACCCGGCUGCAUUGCAGUCUUCGAGGCCAAGAGAUUCGAUAAGGUGAAGAUUGUGCGGGAAUCCAUGAACCGGAUGAUCGAGGCGUGGAGGGAGAUCCCGGACAUGGAGGAGGAUGUGUGCUCCUCCGACGCGCCGCCGUCCCAGCCCAGAUCUUCUCUAACAGACAGCGCAAGUAGUGAUGCUCGAUACCCGGCCGAUUCCCUAGGCUUCAACUCCGUCCAAUCGGUUACAAGGAGGAACACGCUGCCGGCAAGCAGGUCGCCCCCGUCAGAUGCAAUGCGCAAUGUCAAUAACAGAAGGAGCUGCCCCCCUUCCCCCAUCAGAAACAAGAAGGGUUCGUCGCCUUCACGCAGCAGCGAGGCAGGCCAAGCCAAGAAAUACGACUAUAAGGUUGACGUUACCGUUGCCGCAGAUGCCACCCCGAUCAAGGCGGUGACCGAGGAGAAGCUUCUGAAAGAGGGCAAUGUUAGAGCGAGGCUUGAAGCGCGGAAGAUGCUUUUCCAGAAGAGUGGGGAGAAGGGUUACAAGAAGUUGGCCGGGAUCAAGUCGGGGUCUAGAGUUGUUCCAUACAACGGUGACGGUGACUCGGAAGAGAGUACCGAGGUUGAGGAUCGGCCUGAAGAGUUUCAGUCAGAAGAGCCUGAGGAGCUUGAGUCAGCUCACAAAGAUGAGGACCUGUCGAAGAUCAGGAUGCAGCUAGUUCAGAUUGAGAAUCAACAGACAAACUUACUUGAUCUUCUGCAGAAAUUUAUGGGGAGCUCCCAGAAUGGGAUACGUUCCUUGGAGACAAGGGUGAACGGUCUGGAAAUGGCACUGGACGAGAUCUCGCGUGAUAUGGCGGCCUCUUCAGGAAGGAUGCCAAACAGUGAACCUGGCAUGAACUCCUGCUGCAUCCCGAGCCCAAAAUUCUGGAGGAGAAAUGAUGGCGGUAGAUACUCUUCAAGGUACCCUGUCACCGACAUAGCAAACUACUCGGGGGACAGCAAAACUUCUCAUAUGUGGGAGAGGCAGAAGUUUGGAGUUCAUGGUGGGUUUGUCACCAACCCACUAGCAGAGCCGAACGCUUCGUUUGUAAGGAGCACAUUGGCUCAGGAAGGCAGGAGGCAUAAUUCAGCCCAAUACAAGGCGAGAUAGGAUAUGUUAGGCGAGACAAAGAUGCCCCAUCUGAAAUCUGAACCAACUGCAUUAUUAACACAAGGCGGGGUCAUCUGAAAUGUGUCACUUCACUACAUUCUUUGGGGGCUUUUCCUCUUUUCUCCAGAAUUCAAAGCUGAGAUGUACAUGAGUUAUGGAGUUUUUUUUUUCUUUGGGAGUCGCUUCAACAAUUCAGACCCCUGCGGAACAGAGCCUAGAUUCUGAAGCAAGACCAUGUUGACUGUGAGGUGAACACUGUGUUAUACACAUCCGGCCCUGAGACGGUUAUUGCGGGUGUACCAAGGUCCGAGGGUAAAAAGCAUGUGUGAGUUUUAGAUCUUAGUGUACGGAUGUAUCUUGUACUGCUUGUACAUAGUUUGGAUACAGCAGUUCCUUUGAGCGCGACACGCAUUGAGCAAAUGUUCUUGAGUAUGCUCAUGUCGAGAUGAUGAAGGCAAAAGAUCCAACAAUGUUGCCCUGUUCU